AUGACAUCUCUCAGGGAGGCCUUUGCCUUGUCUAAAGAGGAGGUCAAGAACGCUACACCGCCUGGCACUACGACCCUUGUUGAACACCUGGAAUGGGCUGCAUCGCAGCAAAACCACGAUGAGAUCCGUCUGGUACCUCAACCGUCAGCAGACCCUGCGGACCCCUUGAACUUGCCUAUGUGGCGGAAGAUGGCCAUGUUGUUCUGCAUGUCUGUACAUCCAUUCGUCGUCAACGUCACAAGUUCAUCGCUCUCGAGUGCGUUGCCGGUCUACGCGGCAUCGCCCUUAUUUGGCCUACCACCCAAGCCAUUCUCCACACUCACCUACCUCGUCGCCGUCAACAUUUUGAUGUUGGGAUUUUCGAACUUGUGCCUCCUGGCGGCUCGUCUGUUCAUGGGUAUCGGAGGAGGCCCCGCUGAUGCAGUCUCGCCUGAUGUUGUAGGAGAGAUAUUCUUCGUGCACCAGCGUGGACGUGCGAUGUGGCUAAACGACCUCGAAGGCGAAGACGGAAAAGACCAUGUCGAGAAAAAGGAAGCCAUUUCAACCGUCCAGCCAUCGCCUUCUUCAUACCCUUCAUACUCAUACAUGAAGUCCCUGAGGCUCAUCACCUACCGCCCCGGCAUUGGCCGCAAGUUCCUCGCCCCAUACCAAGCCAUGCGCCUCCCCGGUGUCUGGCUCAUCUCCGCCUGGUACGCCGGCCUCGUCGGUCUCAUCGUCACAAUCAGCACAAUCGGUCCGCAGCUCGUGGCCGCGCCUCCAUACCUCUGGGGCAAGGACGUCGGUCUCAUCAACGUCGGCGGUAUCAUCGGAGCGCUGCUUGGUUGCAUCUACACCUAUCUCAUCGCUGACUGGACAACCAAGCGCAACGCAGCUAAGGACUCGCACGGCUACGCGGAACCUGAGGCGCGUCUUGUCACUGCACUUCCUGCGCUAGUCAUCGCUACAGCCGGUGCGCUGGUCUUUGGUUUCGUUGCACAGAACCCUUCGACGACUGGAUGGGUUGGUCUGCAGUUCGGUCUCGGCAUGGUAGCGUUUGGACUCAUGCAAGCGCCAUCUGUAGGCUUCAACUACCUCAUCGAGUCGUACACAAACAUCGCCGGAGACUGCUUCGUCGCGGUGACGAGUGCUAGGGCUGUUGUGAGUUUUGCAUGGACGUUCUUUGUGGGCGAGUGGGUCAACCACGACGGUGCUGCGGAGCCUUUUGGUAUCUUCGGCAUGCUGAUGGGUCUGUUCGCGUUGAUGACGAUCCCGAUUCUGAUCUGGGGAAAGAGACUGAGGAUUUGGACUGCCAAGUGGGUACCUGAGAGCACUUCGCAGUAG